AUGCCUCCCGCAAGAGAAGAAGAAACUGAAGAUGAUGCCCUUUUCAAGGCCUUGGAGAACGAAGAUGACUCCGCUUACCGUGCCCAUCGAAUCGAACAGCUCAAUGCCGAGUUCGCGUCGGCAAAAAACGACCGGCCUGGCGCCCUUUCCUCAGCCCCAGGGACUAUGAUUAUUGAAGACAGUCUAUACCCUACAUUGAAGAGUGACCAGGCAUUGCUGGACUUCACUACGCAGACCCAUCGGUGUGUCAUUCACUUUGCGCAUCCGGACUUCGCCCGCUGUAGUACAAUGGAUGAACAUAUUCGGACGUUGGCAACGCAGCAUUACGAAGUGCGCUUUGCUCGUGCCGAUGUGCAGAGCACCCCGUUCGUUGUGGAGAAAAUGAAGAUACGGGUACUUCCUUGUGUGGUUGGAUUUAAGGAUGGUGUCGCGGUUGCGCGUGUGGUUGGGUUCGAAGGGCUUGGCUCUGGUGGCCGAGAUGGAACCGAUGGAUUUAGCACCGCAACACUUGAAAAAAGACUCUUUUGGAAAGGCAUACUGGCCCAGGCAAAGGUGAAGGGUGGAGAUGAAGUUUCCCAGUCGUCCGACACAAGCGAUGCAGAGGAUUCCAGCGUCAUAAGGGGUAUACGAAGUGGAAAUGUGCGACACCAACGGGGCCGUUAUGACGACGAUGAUGACGACUAG